AUGAGUGAGAAAGGUGACAAAGUUCCCAAGGCGACGCCACAGGAAGCCAAGUCGGCCUCAAGACCGACGUCACCCACGCCGGUGACAUCAGCAACGCUGACAGUGCCAACGGUACUACCGGCAGAAGCACCUCCACCGACGGUGGAAAAACGCGUAACACGCGCCUCAUCUCCUGCCGGCUUGUCAACGGAGUUGUCCAUGAAGGCCAAGACGCAAAUGAGUAGAGUCGAAGGCCUCCGCAAAUUAAUGGACAAGAUGCCGGAAAUGAUGGAUGAAACUUCUCUCGACGAGAUCGACUUCAUCGACAAGCAGGUCGAUGAAAUACACAAGGCGUUCCAAAAGGAGCAUUCCUACCUUGAAGUUACCUGGCCUUCGGGUCAGAACUCCCAUCCAUAUGUCAGCGACAAUUGCUACGACCUCGAGAUGAGCGUGGUCAUCGAAAUCAGACGACGUCUGUGCAAGUUUCGGGCCGCAUUCGCAAGGCUGCACGCAGCGCGUGCAGCAUCACCAUCACGACAAAGGCCGUCGAAACUCCCUGAAUUGACGCUUCCCACUUUCGCGGGUCGCUAUGAAGCGUGGCCUGCGUUUUGCGAGCUUUUCAAAUCAAUAAUCAUCGAUAAUCACCGAUUAUCUGAUGUGGAGAGGCUGCAUUACUUGAGGUCAAGCCUCCAAGGGGAGUCGCUACGCGCCAUCUCCAACCUGCCGGCGAUAGGAGAAUCCUUCCCAAUUGCUUGGAAGAAUUUAAAGCAACGCUUUGAGAACAAGAGAAUCAUCGUACAAUCUCUGCUUGACAAGCUCUGUGCGACACCACCAGUGCAACAGAAGAGCGCAAUGGUUCUCCACAACGUGGCGGCCAAUUUGCGCGAUUUCAACACCUCGUUGCGCGCUCUUGCUUCAACCGACGAGUUGUGGAAUUGCACACUCAUCCAUCACAUCUCUCGUAGUCUUGACAAGACUACGCGAGAGGCUUGGGAAACCAGCCUAGGAAACUCUGAAGAAUUUCCGAAGCCAGAGCAACUGGAGGCGUUCCUGACGACCAAGGCACGGGCUCUAGAAAGGGUUGAAACGCCAACGGCCAAAAAUCAGCCUGCUCAACCUCAGGCAAAGGCGAAACCAACAGGUCAACGACCUGCCUUGACAACGUCACAGGCUAACACCAUCACAAGAGCAGCCGCACACGCCUAUCCGUGCGACUGUUGUCAGGCCGACCACUUCAUUGUGUCAUGCACAAAGUUCAGGUCGAUGCCUGUACCAGAAAGACGAAGUCUAGUGGACAAACUGUCUCUGUGCAGAAAUUGUUGCGGCCGUCACACCACUGCGAAUUGCAAGUCUGAACACCGUUGCAAACAGUGUGGACGGCCUCAUCACACAAUUCUACACCUGGCUGCAACGCAGCCACAGACCACAGCCAAGCCUGCGGCAACACAAGAGAAUCCGACAACGUCGUCCUCUUCAACACAAACACAAUAA